UUCACGUCUUCAGGACACUGUUUAUUUGACCUGAAAACCCAACUCCUCAUUUGACCCGGCAGGGGCAGAACUUCCUCUUGCUGCCAAGCUGCUGUGGCGUUGUUCCCCCCCUCCCCCAUAACUCCAUGCUUUCUGGUGUCCAGAGUCCUCUUCAGUAGAUUGUAUCUCAUUUCAAAAAUGAAUCACUGAGUCUGAUAAAAACUUGAUGUUCCUUUUUCCUUCCUGUUACCUUUUUUCCACAGUCCUGUCCUUGUGUUUCACUCAGAGAACCACUGCAGUUUGUUCUUACUUUUAAUAGUGUGUCUGUUUUUCUUACUGCACUUCUUGCCUUAAAAUCCCCACUCGCGGAUUUCUCUUUCCUCCCAUCGGUUCUGUUCCUCUCCCCACACUCUCACUUUCUGUCCAUUUACCACCAGGCCCUGCACGUACGUUUUGCACAGAGGGGUGGCAUAUUGAGAGCUGCAGCUACUCCGGAGGAGAAAAGACUGGCUAUUUUGCAGGAGCUGUUAAAAGACAUUUAAUGGAUCAUUACCCCUCUAGUGAUCUCUUUUGGUGAAAUUCUUUAUGUAACUGUCUCUCUACGUGAAAUUAAAGUAGGAGUUUAAGAGAAUACCUAAUCAACAGGAGUCGUUCUCAGCAAGAGAAAUCAGGGUUUCAUUUUCCUGGGGAUGUGGAGUUUCUCUGUGAGUUUAGAGAUCCCUUUGCUUUGCUCCCCAGCUGCUGCAGCUCCUCACCCCACAGCACGGCUGCUUGCAUGCAUUUGUCAAAGUCAUCAUCACAUCCAGCGUUUGUCAAAGUCAUCACAUCCAUUGUCUAUGGGCUGAAAUGUGUUCCUCUAAAAUUCGCAUGUCGAAGCUGCACCUCCAUUGUGACCAUAUUUGGAGAUGGGCUCUUUAAGGAUGUGAUUAAGUUAAAAUGAGGCCAUUAGGUUGGGUCUCAUCCAGUCUGGCUGGUGUCCUCCUAAAAAGAGGAAGUUUGAGCACAGGAGACCCAGGGCCGUGCCUGCAGAGAGGGGUGGCUGUCAGCAAACCGAGGAGGGAGGUCCCAGAGGAGACCAGCCCCACCGGCACCUUCAUCCUGCAUGUCCGGCCUCCGGGAUUGCAGCCCUCCAAUCUGUGACAGUUCAUGAUGGCCACUGUGGAGCGGACUCGUCCACAUAGUCAUGGCUAUACUACAUCUGUGGGUUGAGAUAGCCACAGGAUCAAACAGGAGAAUCCAAGGUACGGGAUCUAGAAGACGGUGACACAGAGCCCAAGCAGGAAAUAAACUCACUCUGGAGACCAUCUGGAACACACACGACAGGGAACACGUUUGAAAAUCUAUCAAAGCCCAGUUUUGGGUUUGUGGCCUUCCUGGAAGUCAGGGGAGAAAUUUCACCCCCGGCUCAGGACUGCAGAAGGGCAAGCAAACCCCCGUACGUCCAGAGAGAGCUAGCUGUCUGCGUGCUGACGCUGAGUGUCUGAUGUGCGGGCUUACCUUGCCAGUAACUGGCUCACGUCUAGGUAGAACGUCAUGACAUGAAUACCUUAAGCCUGCCCCCGAACAUUCGCCGAGGGGGGUCAGACACCAACCUCAACUUUGAUGUACCAGAUGGCAUCCUGGACUUCCACAAGGUCAAACUCAGUGCAGAUAGCCUGAAACAAAAAAUCCUGAAGGUGACAGAGCAGAUAAAAAUUGAGCAGACGUCCCGCGAUGGGAAUGUUGCGGAGUAUCUGAAACUGGUCAGCAGUGCGGAUAAGCAGCAGGCCGGCCGCAUCAAACAGGUCUUCGAGAAGAAGAAUCAGAAGUCCGCUCACUCCAUCGCCCAGCUCCAGAAGAAGUUAGAGCAGUAUCACAGAAAGCUCAGGGAGCUCGAGCAGAACGGAGCCUCCAGAAGCUCCAAGGACAUUUCCAAAGACAACCUCCACUCUCUGAGAGAUGCCUCCGCGAAGUCUCGAACUGCUCCCCCCGGCCCGGAGUGCGGGAAGUCAGGCAUGCCAGGCGUGUCCCUCACUCCGCCCGUGUUCGUCUUCAACAAGUCCAGAGAGUUCGCCAACCUGAUCCGGAAUAAGUUCGGCAGCGCCGACAACAUCGCGCACUUGAAGAACUCCUUAGAGGAGUUUCGGCCCGAGGGGAGUCCCCGGGCCUACGGGGGCAGCGCCACCAUCGUGAACAAACCCAAGUACGGCAGCGACGACGAGUGUUCAAGCGGCACGUCGGGCUCCGCGGACAGUAACGGGAACCAGUCCUUCGGGGCCAGUGGAGCCGGCGCGCUGGACAGCCAGGGCAAGCUGACCGUGGUCCUGGAGGAGCUGAGGGAGAUCAAGGACACGCAGGCUCAGCUGGCUGAGGACAUCGAAGCGCUCAAAGUGCAGUUCAAGAGAGAAUACGGUUUUAUUUCUCAGACGCUGCAAGAGGAAAGAUACAGGUAUGAGCACCUGGAAGACCAGCUCCAUGACCUGACAGACCUGCAUCAGCACGAGACCGCCAACCUGAAGCAGGGCCUUGCCAGCAUCGAGGAGAAGGUGGCUUACCAGGCCUACGAGCGCUCACGGGACAUCCAGGAAGCCCUGGAGUCCUGCCAGACGCGCGUCUCUAAGCUGGAGCUGCACCAGCAAGAGCAGCAGGCUCUGCAGACAGACGCCGUGAACGCCAAGGUCCUCCUGGGGAAGUGCAUCAACGUGAUCCUGGCCUUCAUGACAGUCGUCCUCGUGUGCGUGUCUACCAUCGCCAAGUUUGUCUCGCCCAUGAUGAGGAGCCGCCUCCACAUCCUUGGCACCUUCUUCGCUGUGACGCUUCUUGCAAUAUUUUGUAAAAACUGGGACCAUAUCGUGUGUGCCAUAGAAAGGAUCAUAAUACCCAGAUGAAGCCACCGGCUCUUGUCUUCACGUUCUUUCACGUUUCUGUGUUAAAGACAACUCUGUGCAUACUACCAAAUUUUAAAGCGAACACUUGUGCUGACUCGAGCCGACCAGGCCUGGGCUGUGCGUUGUAAAUAUCUCUGUCCCCUCACGCCGUGGUAGCUGCCAGGUUCGCCCCUGUACUCGGUGAAUGUGGACCUGUUGCAGAGCUCGCCCCACGUUGCUCACUGCCUUAAUCAGACCAGAUUUCCUGCCCACCUGACUAGCCCAGCAUGGUAAACCUCUGGUCAUCGAGCGUUUGGCGUAAUUAAUGAGCCACACGAAACAGGGUGUUAAGUCUCUGUCUCCCUUAAGUUUCCAUCAAAAUUGAACUUCACAGUGGCUGGUGGCGGCAUUUUGCCUGAGUCCUGUAUGCAGCAAGGAUGUGGCAGGACUUGGGCAAGGGACGAAAUGCAGCUGUUGGCCACGGUGGACACUUGGGGCCUAUGGAAGUACAGUAAAUCCUGUGUGACCCAUUCCGCUGGUCCACACAGGACACUACUAGGUCCCAUGUGUUCCCCUUGGGUACGGUGGUCCAUUGUGUGGGACUCGCCAUAACGUGGAAAUCUUACAGCACACCUGUUUAUCCAUAGAAGUCUAACUUAGAUGUUCUCUUGCACUUUAAAUGGUAAGACAGGAAGAUCUAUGAGUGAGGCUUUUGCCUUCUUACACCCAGGGAGCCACAUGCCCGAUUCUAUCUUAAGUGGCUCUCGAACGCCUCGCCUUCAGGCACGUAGAAAUGCUUCCAAAUCCCACGUCAAACUAUGGCUCGAACAUGAGUGUAGGCUCCCAUAAGCACCACUCUGGAGGUUUGCAUUGCAGCAAAUCUUAAUUGUGAUAAACCCCCUGUGAGGAUGUGAUUUACUUUAUUCACGGUCUUGGGAGGGAUUGUAAAGCUUAACUGCACAUGUGAAAACAAAUGAUGCUCAUGCUGUGGGUUUUUUUUUUGUCUUUAAGAAGGACAACAGAAUUGUACUGUGUGAGGUGAAAGUCCACCGAGGUAGGGGCACUGGAAGCAGGAGGAAGACAGGGCAUGUGGUCUAGGGGGUGGCAGUCAGAUGAAGACUGAGAGGGUCCUCUGAGGACCCCGUUAAGACCAGCCGCAAUCCGAUAAAUUAGACCUGGUGUCUGGUUGUCCAUUGUCUCUUAGGAUCUCACUGAAGUGCCACGGGAAUGGAGUGGCCACGCUUCUUCCCCUGAGGUGAAACCCUUCAAAGGUUAACAGCUUCUGCCUGUUGGGGCGAUGCGCUCACUACUUCCAGCCCAGAUGAUAUUUCCCUUUAAAUCUUUUUCUCUCAGACGAUACUUCCCUUUAAAUCUUUUUCUCUCUGUACCUAACGAAGACGAAGAUAGAAGAUUUUAAUGGAAACUGCUGUUCGGUCCUUCCUCCCACCAUCCGCUCUGUUAUCUGAAGGCGUAAAGAUGUAUGUUAGUGUACAUUUUCUUCCAGAAAACAUCGAAUUGCCUGGAUUUAAAUUAAGUGCAAUAUUUUGCGAACAGCUGCUCUUAGGGAAACCUCCUGAAAAAAAUGUGACAGUGUGCCAUGGUUUGAGAGAAUGGAAUAGUCAAGCAUUUGGUACAAGUCCAGUGUGUGUGAGACUCAGACAACUCAAGCUUUCUUCUUCUUUUUUUAACUUUACAGUUCAGUGUUCUUAGUAAAUUCACAAACUUAUGCAACUAUGCCCACUAUCUAAUUCCAGACUCGAGCUUUAUAAAAUGGUAAGCAUCAUUAUGUGACAUCUUUGCCCGUACGGAUUUUGGAUUCAGGGAGGAAGGAGCUACCAGCCCCACCCCCAUCUCGUGGCUGUGUCCCCUUCCGCUGUCAGACUCUCCCUUGUUCUGCCCAGUUGGCUCUAAAUACACUGUGAUCCGUCACAUACAGGGGACAGAAAAGAGUUCCAGAUCCAGGGAAGAGAAGGAGAAAGAAUGGUGUGCUUCCUUUUGCUUCUAUAUUCCCUUUACCUGUGGGCAUCAGGCUCCAUUUGGCCGAGGGCUGGAUGUAACUUCCCUUGGGUCAAGUUGGAUCCUGGUGGGCGCCUCUCGAUGUCUGUGAAUCUUUCUGAGGCACUUUGGAGAUGCUAGGGGUUGCGGUGGACGUAGCUGCUGCUGUUAGUUUAGAGAGAGUGAGUGAGAAGUCUAACCCACAGGCCACCACGUUCCACUCAGCCUUGGCUUUGACGCUUCCCAGGCCUGCUCCCCACUGAGAGGAGGGAAGAAAAUGGAAAACAGCACACGCCAACCCCUCCAGUCUGGAGCUGUUAACAGAAGCUGCUAGAAACUGGCUCUGUUCUGAAAUAUUCCAGGGUCUAAAUCAUCCCACCUGAUCAUGACUUCUUUGCACAGAAUUUGUAUUUCCAGUGAUUCUCAUUAGAUGUCAAAUAACCUUAUUUUCACUUGGAUGUGCUCAACCUACAUGGCAUAUUUAUUUUAGAGUCUUCUUGAAAGUUCAUGAAGCUUUUUAAUAAGCUGAUAUACUCCAAGGAGACCUUUACUCUCUGUAGUUUACUGUUCCCUUCUUAAGGAAUAAACCUUCCCGUUAUGUGUUUUCUUUCCUGUGUAAGGGGAUUAAAUCCAAUUUUAUAAAUUAUUCAAUUAAAAAAUUGUGAUCCAGCUAGGACAUAUCCUGGAAUUGUUUAUUUAUAUUUAAGUCAACGAAUCCUUUUUCCCCACCUUUCAUCGGUAGGAAACAUCUUGUACGUACCUGAAGACACAGUCAGUUGUGAGAUGGGCAGGCACCUGCUCACUUAGCAAACUGGACGUUGCAUUCUAGCACAGGAUUUUUUUGUGACAUACUAUUUUCAUGAUCACCAAGAUAAUGAUAGUUUGCUGGGGACAAAACAAAAACCCAAAAAUACUCUUCUGUGGGCUUUAAGUUAGUUAUUGCAGCUUACGUCUUGAGUAUGAUGAAGCCAGAACAAAACAUCCUACCCAUCCCCACCCCCCAAAUUCAAAACACAAUGAAGCAGUAAAUAAAAGUCCUCCAUUGCUGGUUUUGUAUGGAGAGUAGGAUCAGUCCCAAGUUUCUAGCAUGUACCAUUAGUGGUUUUGCUUCUGUGAUCACGAUGAACUAUUGAUAGACUGAGAUUUUCGGAAACUCCCUGCCCCUUCUCCCAUAACGCAGUCAUCCCUUUCCGUCAGUUAGCAUCCAUGGGACCUCAGCCCUUCUGCUGUGUCACUCUUGUUUUCAUUGAAAUAUUGCCCUGCUAGGUAUGUUGAUUGCCCUGCUAUUUCUCCAGCAUAUCAGGUUUAAUUAUGGGAUCGAUAACAGUGACGGGAAUUGGAUUCCCUCAGGCACCUGAUUAUUUGUGUCCUUUUGGGUUGGAUUUUAAAUACCAAAACGUUUUGCAUCAAACAGGAACAUCUUUGUGUUGAAUCUAAGUAUAGUUGUAUUGGUUUGGAAAAGCAUUUCAAGAUGCUUGUUAAUAUGAACAUGUGUAAUUAACCUAUUUUGCGUAUUUCUAUAAUUUUGAGGAGUGAGCCAGGGGAAGAGCGAAAUGGCAUUAUUUAAAAUUCAGAGCUUUAUCUGGAGAGAGGUGUUUCAAAAAGUUUAGCCCAUGUGCUAAGGAAGGAGUUGGUCUAAAGAGAUAAAUCACCAAAAAGAAUGAUAUUGGCCUAUUUACAAUCAGAAGUAGUUAAGAAACUAAAAGGUACAGUUAACACGAGUUUGGUAACCCAGAAGAUACAAAGCAGAUCUAACCUAUAAUUUUCUAAAGUCAGUGCAAUUCUCUGUUCAUAAGAAGCUGGAAAGUAAUGUACCUUGAUUGUUUUAGGAAUAAUGUAUAUGUUGCAAUUUUAAUUUAUUUAAAACGUGUCUCCUGUCUUUGUCCUAAGAGAAAUAUUUCAACAGAACGUGCUCUGUGUUUAAGAUAUGUUUAGGCAGUAGUUGGCAGUUCUGAAAAUGGAAACUAGAAAUGUUCAUUGUGAGGUCUUUUGCAGAAUUUCCAUUUUGUGAGAUACUGUGUAGUUCCACGUCAGCCUACAAUUGUAAAUUCUCUGUAGAUUGUCACCCUCUUCAAAGCUGGUGCCAUUAUUUUUUUAAAUAAACAUUUGAUGUUAGCUUUGGUGUUAAAUAAAGAGUUAGGUUUCUUAAAUUGUCA